AUGUCGCCGGCAGUGGCUGGCAUGCAUGCCGGCUACAGCACCGCAUCCCAGAAUGUCGCUGCCCCUGCCGGGCCCGGCGGCCCAGCUCUCCUGGCAUCGGAGGACGCUCCCCUUCGUGUGCUGGUGCUCGGGGACUCAAGUACCGGCAAGACCACCCUUGUCCAUCGAGUGUGCCACUACCACCGCUUUCCGGGGCCCAUUCGCUCAGAUGCUCCCCCCGGCCAGUUCCACGGUGGAGACCUCCUGCGGCCUUUGUCUCCCUCGGCCGGGGAGGCCCUGCAGCGCCCCUUCCCGACCCACCGACCAGCCACGGUCGGUUGCCAUGUGGACGUGUGCCUUUUGCCGGCCGGGAUACUGGGUCCGAGCGGUGGCGGCGGUGGUGGUGCUGGUGGUGCUGGUGGUGGUGCUGGUGGUGGUGGAAAGAUGGGCGUUGUGGAGUUCAUGGACAUCGGCGCCGGAGGGUCCUUUUCCCCGGCCGACCGGGCUGUCUUCAUCCUGGACACUUCGAUCGAUGCCCUGAUUCUGGUGCACGAUGUCUCCAAUCCCCACACCUUCAGCAACCUGUGGAACUGGGUCAAUGAGCUGGCCGAGACCUUGGAGUCUUCCUCGCGACAGCACUUCGGCCAGCCUCCCUCGGCGAGUGCCGGCCUGGGGCGCUCAUUUCUCCGGAUGCCGGUGCUUGUCGUUGGUACCAAGGUCGACCAGCGGCCAUUUCUCUCCGGAGACCCGGAUAUCGAGCCUCCCUCAUGGGUGUCGCAAAGCUCGCCACAGGGGCCCCGGUCCCCGGGGUCGCCCACUUCGGGGGGUCUCUUCUCGGGGGCCAAUUCCCAGCGCCUGGCCAGCUCCCUGGACCAUCACGCCCGGGCGGUGGGGCUGGCCUGGAAGCACCUGGUCGAGGCGGCCGGCCGCCUUUAUGACGCCGCCUCCCCUGGGGCAGUUGGGCCACGCUCUUUCCCGCCCGCGGGACCCCCCGGCGCGCGGGUUGCCUUUCACCCGGGCCCCGAGGCCCCGGCGCAUCUGAACCUCCCGCCUGGGGGGGCCCGGCGCGCGGUGCUGCUUCGGCACCGGCUGUCGGAGCUGGGUGGCGCGUCGGGCACCCUUCUCGCCGCGGCGGCCCGACUCGUUUCGGCCUUCCUGCUGGCCCUGGUUUGGGGCCUGGCCCGGCGUGUGUGGCUCCCCCCGGCCCGGCAUGCUGCUGAGCACCUGGGACACAUCUUCCCGGACUUGGCUUUCAUUCAGCUGAACCUCCUCGAUGAUGGGAGCUACCUCGAGGCGUCGCCCGCUAUCGAGCACUUCCUGCAGCGGGCUGCAGGGCAGCGGCGCAGUCGCCACUCAGGCCCAGUCCUGGGCCCCAGCGCGCCGGGAAGUGCCUGGACCCACACGCCCCCCGACCCCUCCUCGAGCCAGCCCUCGGACUUGGCUAGCCCGCCGCCGUCUGCCUCUUUCGGCGGGGAUUUCCCCCCGGUGGCCCCUUCGCCGGGGUUUGCGCAUUACCCGGCCCUCUUUCACCCCGGGCAGCCGGCCUCCCAGCAGCCGCCAGCCUACCAGCGCGGCGCCUCGGCCGCAUCCUUCAGUGUAUAUACCUCGGCCGCCGGGCCCGGCAGCCAACAGGAGUCUCCGCGGACCAGCGGCACCGCCACACCGGUCACCUUUGGUCUGUACCAUGGGCACUCGAGCACGGGCUACUCGUCGCCGGUGGCCGCACACGGUGGGCUGCUGCAUCCCCAGCAACACCAGCACCAGCACCCAUCAUACCCACCACACGGCCGGCUGUGAGGCUGCCGCAAUAAAGUGCUCCGGUGGAGGGGCCGGGGAUCUCCGCGCCCGGCGCGCCGAAGAUCCGGCCCCCUUGUCCGUUCUUCU